CGCCGCGGCGGAGAUGAUGGCGGCGGCGGCAGCGGCAGCGUGGGUCUCGUCGCGGACUGGGCUGCGCCUGAGGAGGUGGAGACUGGUGGAUUCUCAUCUGCCAGCUGGUGUUCCUAAGCUUAGUUAUCGCUUCGCAUCAUCUCACAAGUAUGUCCCCAGGCGAGCUGUGCUGUAUGUACCUGCAGAUGAUGAAAAGAAGAUACGGAAAAUCCCAUCACUAAAUGUAGAUUGUGCAGUGCUGGACUGUGAAGAUGGUGUGGCUCUGAACAGAAAGAGAGAAGCAAGAAUGACCAUUGUGAAAACCCUUGGUGAAUUUGACUUUGGCCAGGCUGAAAAGUGUGUUAGGAUAAACUCCGUGUCCAGUGGUCUCGCCGAAGAAGAUCUAGAGGUGCUUUUGCAGUCCAAGACCCUUCCUUCAAGCAUGAUGCUGCCAAAGGUUGAAAACGUUGACGAAAUAAAAUGGUUUUCAGACAGAUUCUUACAUCACCUAAAAGGCCGGACACUUGUAGAACCAAUGAAUUUUAUCCCCUUUGUGGAGACUGCAGUGGGCUUGCUCAAUUUUAAGGCUGUCUGUGAAGAAGCACUGAGGAAAGGAUCCCAGGUUGGCCUUCAUUUGGACGCAGUUGUCUUUGGAGGAGAGGAUUUCCGUGCCAGCAUAGGUGCAACGAGCAGUAAGGAAACUCAAGAUAUUUUAUAUGCCAGGCAAAAAAUAGUAGUCACAGCAAAGGCAUUUGGCCUUCAAGCAAUAGACCUCGUUUACAUCGAUUUCUGGGAUGAAGAUGGGCUCCGCAGGCAGUCAAGAGAAGGUGCCUCAAUGGGAUUCACUGGUAAGCAGGUGAUUCACCCCAACCAAAUUGCUGUUGUCCAGGAGCAGUUCUCUCCGAGCCCUGAAAAAAUAAAGUGGGCACAGGAACUGAUCUCUGCUUUUGAAGAACAUCAGCGAUUAGGCAAGAGCCUGUUGGGUACUUCCGUGCACCUACAGCACUGGUGAAUUAAAACUGCUCCUGCAGUAUGCUGCAGCAUCAUGGUGUUUCUGUCACAGGAAAAUACUGGCAAUCAAAGGGCAGGUAGCCUGGCAGAUGAUGGGAACUGCUUUCACAGACAUCAUUUGUAGAAAGAAAUAAACAGCUUAGGAAGUAUUGGUUUGCUGGAAGGAGAAAAAAAAAAAUCUCUGUGUUGGUAAACCUGUUUUACUUUUAGGAGUCUGGUCCAGCAAACACCCCUGGUAGUGAGCAAAUUUACUCCUGAGCGGAACCGCUUGCAGAUUGCGGUGCUUAAUCAUUAAAAAUGGGAAUGGUUUAUGUGCAUUUGUACCAAUUGCUGGACCUGAAAUUUGGAUAGAGGAGAAAGCAGAUUAACACUAGAAUAUGAUUGUUCCUAAUUUAGUGCAUCAUUGAGUCUCACGUUUCCUGCUCUGUGGGUUUCUUCUAUGUAAAUAUUGCGGUGGUGAUGCACAAUCUGUCUCCACUUUGUGCCAGUAAUACUUAAAUUAGGGGUCGCCUGAAGGAAGAUUUUAUGCUAGUUGCGGCAUUGUCAGUUAAUUAUCUUUAAGGUUAUUUGCUAUAAUCCAGUUUGCCUCUUUUUGAAAGAGGAAGGGGGGGGAAAAAAAGAAAGUUGCAGCUAAAUAUGUUUAUCUUAGCUGCAGCCAAGCCUGGGCUAGUUAAAAAGCAAAGUUGUAAUGUCAGAACAGGGAGCACAGAUGCAUGGGAAUGGUUUGUUGUGUGCCUGCGUUGCAUUCAAGCGGGAGACAAAUCUCCUUGGUAGUGAGAUUUGUAUCUAAGAUUAUGCAUAGGCUCUCACCUUUUAUCAGGUGCUGUAUAAAGCAUUUAUAUAUGUUUCCUCACUUUCUGGUGGGUGGAAAUAGAUUGGUGCAUGUGCCUUCCCCGUUCCCCUGCGUUUCUGGUACUGCAGAUGUUGUGCAUUAGAAAUGCUAAAAAGGUGAAAGCAGAAAUUAUGCUUUUGUCUCAGGAUAGAAAUGUGACAAGAUAUUUGCUGUGCUCUACCUUUCUCUUAUCACAUUCCCUCUGUGGUACCUGGGUGUUUCCAAUAUGCCCACGACUGUGAUAUUUGGGUGCUGUCACAAGUAGUUACUUCAGGGUCACUAUUAGCGUGCUGUAUGCCUGUAUCUCUUUCUUCUGUUCCCUCGGUUUUGAAACUCAGCUGGCUUCAUGUAAAUGAUUUAGAUACAGAAAAUCUAUGGUUGGCUUUGCCUGUUACUUAGAUUUACAGAGCUUGGCUCUCUUACAAAAGGCAUGAUUGUAAACAUGCUGUUGGUGCAAAUGUAUAGGCAGGCAGAUGCAGAAAGAAGGAAGUCAAGUGUUACACCCAGACAAAUGUUAUUUGUAUUUAUGAUGUGCAUAACACAGUUCAUUCCUCUGAAUUUAGUGUCAGAAACCCAUCUAAGGAAUACCCCUGUCACAUGAACAGUCAACGAGGAGAAUGGACUAAAUUUAGCUCCAAACCCAGUAUCACAGAGUCAUGAAGUCAGUUAUGUUAAAUCUUGAAGAAUUCUGUAUGAGGGAAGCAUGAGUCUCUGGAUUUGUUUUGAAGCUGCUGCUCUGCUGGCAUAAUGCUGAUUUCUUGCUUACAUCAGCCAUUCAGCGAGGUUUGUUUGGGUUUGGGGGAUUUUAUUUCUUGUAAUAAAUGCUUUUAAACCAGGUUAUAAGCUUCUAUAAUCAGCUGCAAGGACAGAUUUCCUGAGAGUUUGUGGUUUGGGCUAUUUUUUUGUUUUAAUCAACCAGGUUGCAUGCUUGAUGUAUUUUUGCACAUAGCCAUCUAGCAAUAAAAAGGGAUUGGCAGGUUAAUGUGAACUUCUGGAUCUUUUAUCACCACCGUCUUGCCAGGCGUUAUAGCAAAAUUGGAACAAUACUUUUCCAUGUAGUACUGCAAACUUCUUCAUCGAGUUUGCAAUUUAGUACCAGAAAUGUUUCAGUGAGAAGAUCUUGGACAGUCUGAAUGCUUCAUUUUUUUUCUUCCUAAGCGAACGUAUCUCACUAAGGGGAUCUUCUCGCUCCACAUCCUAGUGACAUGCUAAAAUGUAAGUAAUAGCUCUUCCCCUACCACCUCCUGACAAAUACUCUACACAGCAGCUUUAGUCAUCCUUGUGUCCUAAUGAAACACCUCUUCUGUCUUCCUUUUGCUUUUAUUAUAUGAAAGCGUUCGUGUCAGUAAGACGGAAAAUAUAGCCCUGGUUAAUACGGUUGAGACUUGCAUGGUUUUGCCAUGUUAUUAAUCAAAGUUGAAAGCCUGGAAAAUAUAAAUGUGAAGGAUUUGUGCAGCUGUUUGUGUGGCAGACAAGUUACUGGUCUGCACUCUCUGGGAUAGUUAUUAAUUAGGUUUAAAGUUUGGUCAACGUGUAUUUAAAAUACAGUAAUAAGCUUUUGUACUCUGUUCCAGUGUUAGAGCUACAAUUGCUCUAAUAAUCUUUCUUUGAGAGAAGGUUGAACUGGGCUACUUCAUCCUGGAGAUUGAAAAGCUUUGACAGAGUUGCCCCAAAAUGUGGGUACUGAGGUCAGGAAAAAUUAGGGUCUCAGAUGAGCUCUGUGGAUCUGGAGAUGCUGUGGCAGUGUCCAAACAGAAAGAAAUUAGAGAGCCAACCAGCUAGCCAAAAAUACUUGGGCUUGCCUUGCAGAGAUAGCCCAGUAUGAAGGAUUGGCUUCUCAAUUGUUGAGGGGAGGGUGUUAGAUUUUUAUUCUCCCUGAAAAAUGCCAUAUCUAGGAAAUAAAUAGUAAAUUAGAAGACAAAUGUUGAAGAAGUACAUUUUGUAUGGUAUACAGUUAUUUAAGUGCUCUCUCUUAUCUAGAGCUCUGAGAUCUAAAAAUGAAAAGGUCUUUUAAAGUGUU